UAAAACCUUUCCGCUCGCAGAGCAUAAACAAACUAAAUGAUUAUAAUAGAGUUUACUCGUUUUUGACGGCUGUAGUCGUUUAAAUAUACGUAUCAACUAAAGAUUAUUUAACUGGACGAAUAUUUAAAGGCGCUUUUGUUGGAGAAAUUGAAUAGUAUGGAUACGGGAGGCUCAAAGAAAAUGCGACCCAGGGAGCUCCCGCCGCUUCCACAGCGAGGACGAGCGCUUCCCACGAUGCCGAGUCAAGACACAGCUGGAGAAGUACCAGCAAUAAAACAAAAGAAGAAGAGGGUGAGAAAGGAGACGAAUGGAGUCGAUGAUUUGAGCGAUCAUGGGAUGGAGAUGGGAGGCCUGGGCAGCCGGAGGGAAUCGGAGAUUGGAGAGCAACUUACCGUUGAACCCACAAUGGACGCACCGCCUCAGAGGAGGAGGAAGAAAAAGAAAGCAGCCACUAUUGAUCUGGACGAUGAUCAGGCCGACCUGGUGAACGGAGAUACAGCGGAUCAGACCACUGAUGGAGAAGAAGUGGUCAAAAAACACAAAAAGAGAAGGAAGUCAAAAGUUGUUGAAUCGCAGCUUCCCAAUGAGUUGGACGUAGAAGAGGACGACAUCAUCACCGACACCCCUCCUCCGAUCCCCCAGCAUUCCCUGUUCUCGGCCCCGCCGGGUCAGAGCCAGCCGGUGGGGAAAGUCUUUGUCGAGAGGAACAAGCGUUUCCAGGCUGCUGAGCGCUCAGACUGGAGGAAGACCAGCGACCAGAUGGACAACAUGACAGACUUCCAGCACAUUCAGCCGCUCUGGAACACCAGAGACGUGUCUCUCAGAGUGCACGCAGGCUUCAGGGUGUUCGGUCUGUAUUGCCACGGCUUCCUGGCGGGCUACGCCUUGUGGAACAUCGUGGUGGUGUACAUAUUAGCCGGGCAGCACCUGACCGCUCUGUCCAACCUGCUAGAGCACUACCACAGCCUGGCUUACCCCGCCCAGUCCCUGCUCUACAUGCUGCUUGCCAUCAGCACGGUGGCCGCCUUCGACAGAGUGAACCUGGCCAAAAGCUCCACGGCUCUCCACGCGUUCAUCACACUGAACCCCGUCGCUCUCGCCUCGUUCUUGUAUUUCUCAGCGUUGGUCCUCUCGCUGAGCCAGCAGAUGACCAGCGAUCGAAUCAACCUGUAUCCAGCCCUCAACACUACGUUAUGGCCACCGGGGUUGGAGCACCAGAUUCUGCACCCAUGGGUGACUGUCAACCUGGUGGUGGCUCUGCUGGUGGGGCUGGCCUGGGUCUUCAUCGCCACCCGACCAGAAACAGACUACACUCACGAGUAUCUGGAAACCAUGAAGAUUGAACCUCAAAAUCCAGAGGACCAAUCAGAGAUGACCGCCUGAGGAAAAUCUCUACAUCUGCUCUGACACAUACUUUAUAGCUUUGAUGUCAUUUUGCACAUAUUUUUGUACUGUAUUCUAGGCAGUGAACUCUGAAUGUAUUGUAGAUUACUUUUGUAUUUUUGAAACGUGAAUGUGCUCGUCUCUUUAUAAAUAUUCAUCCAACAAA